UAACGCUCACGUGUUGUUGUAGAUGCGCAAUUAAAAACAAAUGAUUUUUUAGUAUUUUUUUUUAUUAACAAUAGACAUUAAUUGUCAAUUAAAAAUGGAUGAAAAAAAAGAUGACAUUAAAUCAGACAGUGUCCCAGAAUGUUCCAAGACUGCAGUCUUGAUGCCAAGCACUUCUUUGCCCAUUAAUACACCGUUAAUUCAAGGAUAUGAUUUUAAUCAAGGAAUUGAUUAUCAUGCUUUACUUACCAGUUAUAAAAAUGCUGGUUUUCAAGCGACAAAUUUUGGCUUGGCAGUUGAUGAGAUUCAGAAAAUGAUUGAUGCUAGAAAAGUUCCAUUGGGUGAUGAUCAAAAUGAUGAUUUUGAGGAGGAUGAAUUUAUUAAAAGGAGAAAUUCAUGUACAAUAUUCUUAGGAUACACAUCAAAUAUGGCAUCAUGUGGGGUUAGAGAGUCUAUUCGAUUUUUAGUCCAGCACAAAAUGGUUGAUUGUAUAGUAACGACUGCUGGUGGUGUUGAGGAAGAUUUAAUCAAAUGUCUGGCUCCUACUUAUCUAGGAAAAUUUGAAUUGGAUGGUAAAACACUAAGAAAUCAAGGAAUUAAUAGAAUAGGCAAUCUUUUGGUGCCGAAUAAUAAUUAUUGUUUAUUCGAAGACUGGUUGAUGCCUAAGCUUGAUGAAAUGCUUGAAGAACAGAAAGCUAAGGGAGUAAUUUGGACUCCAUCAAAAGUCAUUGCUAAAUUAGGUAAAGCUAUCAACAAUCCUGAUUCAAUUUAUUAUUGGGCUGCAAAAAAUAAAAUUCCAGUUUUUAGUCCAGCAUUGACUGAUGGCAGCUUGGGUGAUAUGAUGUACUUUCAUUCUUUUAGAAAUCCUGGAUUAAUUAUUGAUAUCCUAUCAGACUUGAGAAGAUUAAAUACCAUAGCUGUUAAGGCUGUUAAAACUGGUAUGAUUAUAAUUGGUGGUGGUGUUAUCAAGCAUCAUAUUUGCAAUGCCAAUUUAAUGAGAAAUGGUGCUGACUUUGCAGUAUUUUUAAACACAUCAUCUGAGUUUGAUGGCAGUGAUAGUGGAGCUAGACCUGAUGAAGCCAUUUCUUGGGGUAAAAUUCGUACUGAUGCCACUCCAGUCAAAAUUUAUGCUGAAGCUUCUCUCAUAUUUCCUCUCUUAAUCGGUGAAACAUUUGCUCGAGAUUUCCAUAAAUCCAAGAAUCCACUUGGAAAGAAGAAUGAUUAAUUGAAUCUAAAGGACUAAUUGAUCUAAUCUAAAACAAAAGUGAUGUUGGUUUUUAUUAAUCAAACCUUACCUUUCUUAUCCUUUCUGGGAUAUGUUAAAAAUUUGAAAGUAAGAGAAAUGUACAUAAGGGGGAUGAAAAAUCAAU